CCCGCGACGCUUGUUAGUGUUCCGCAAAUUCACAACGGGAUCGCCCGUACAACCGGGACUCUAUCCCUCAGCGAUAACCGCUGCAGUACUUAGAACUUUUAGAAUUUAUUUUAAAUCUUACAUUUUGAUCUUUGCAUUCUUCUAUUUUGCUAGAAAUAUUAUUUCCUACUGCAAUUGUUAGUGAUAAAAUUUGUGUUUUAAAAUGCAGCGGACAUUUAGAUAGAUAUAGUAUUUGUGUGGUAAUAAAAAAAAGUUGUAAAAGUAAAGAAAAACAAAACGCCGUUUGGUGUUGAAGUUCGUUGUUUUCCGCGAGUGUUCGUGCGCUCUCGGGCGCCCGAUCGGGUGUCCGGUCGUGAUUCGCGAUUCGGUCGGACGAGUUAAACGCGGCGGCGGGCGGGUACACUGGCUCGCCGUGGCCGCCGCUGGAACUAGAUCCCGUGGGAUGGGGACGAAAACUGUACCCUUCAGGCGCGCCGAGGUCCUCCGGUGGACUUAUGUUCGGCCUACAUCACCAGGAGGCUGCGGGGGUACAUACACAGCCUCGAGGACCGGUCACAUCGCUCAAAGAAGAGCCACUCACUCGAGCAUGGAUGACCCCCAGCUCCUUAGUUGACAAUACCAAUAGCGUGGGUGUGGGUCGAGCGCACUUCGAGAAGCAGCCUCCGAGCAACCUACGCAAGAGCAACUUCUUCCAUUUCGUGGUCGCGUUGUAUGAUCGGGCGGGACAACCAAUCGAAAUUGAGCGCACUGCAUUCAUAGGAUUUAUAGAAAAGGACCAAGAAGCCGAAGGACAAAAAACAAACAACGGAAUUCAAUAUAGGCUUCAAUUGCUUUAUGCAAAUGGCAUCAGACAGGAACAGGAUAUAUUCGUUCGGCUUAUAGACUCCGUUACCAAACAGCCCAUCGUCUAUGAAGGUCAGGACAAAAAUCCAGAAAUGUGCAGGGUUUUGUUGACACACGAGGUCAUGUGCAGUCGUUGCUGUGAUAAGAAGAGUUGUGGAAAUAGAAAUGAAACCCCGUCAGAUCCUGUUAUAAUUGACCGAUUUUUUCUAAAGUUCUUCUUGAAAUGCAAUCAAAACUGCUUGAAGAAUGCUGGCAAUCCUAGGGAUAUGAGAAGAUUUCAGGUGGUGAUAUCAACACAGGUGAUGGUAGACGGCCCGCUAUUAGCAAUAUCAGAUAAUAUGUUUGUUCAUAAUAACAGCAAACACGGCCGUCGAGCGAAACGGCUAGACCCUACAGAAGGUACAGAAGCUGCAAUCGAGCCUACUUCGGGUCUAUAUCCACCGUUGCCAGUAGCAACGCCAUGCAUCAAAGCAAUAUCUCCAAGUGAAGGAUGGACAUCGGGAGGUUCGACCGUUAUCAUAGUGGGCGACAAUUUCUUCGAUGGCCUUCAAGUAGUAUUUGGUACUAUGCUGGUGUGGAGUGAGUUGAUAACAUCACAUGCGAUUCGAGUACAGACACCGCCGAGGCAUAUCCCAGGUGUUGUAGAAGUAACGCUGUCAUAUAAGAGUAAACAGUUCUGUAAGGGUGCACCUGGAAGAUUCGUUUAUGUUUCAGCACUCAACGAGCCCACGAUAGAUUACGGCUUUCAGAGGCUUCAGAAACUUAUACCGAGACAUCCCGGCGAUCCGGAGAAACUGCCAAAGGAAAUAAUUCUUAAACGGGCAGCGGACUUAGCAGAGGCAUUGUAUUCGAUGCCCCGAAAUAACCAAUUAGGUCUGGGUGCGCCCAGGUCACCUCCUGCCAGUAUGCCUUUCAACUCCUAUACUGGCCAAUUAGCUGUUAGUGUUCAGGAUUCCGCUGCUUCCCAGUGGACAGACGAGGAGUACGCGCGUAGUGGCGGAGGUUCCGUAUCGCCUCGGUACUGCUCGGCCGCGUCCACUCCGCACGCCUCUUACCCCCAUCCACAGCAUUACCCGGCACCGACCUCCAUCUUCAACACCACAUCACUGUCUCUGGGGCCAUAUCAUCCGGCGAAUAUGAAUGGACACUUAACUGACCAGUAUAAUACGUACCCAAAAGAUAGCGAUUACAUUGAAAGAAACGUGGAGUCUAAAGAUGACUGUCCCGCAAACACUCAUACGAAAUGCGAUGCUAUGAAAGGGCAAACGAAAGAGAAGAGAAGCGGGUUCGCGGUCGUAAGACAAAGUCCGCCGCAUUUUCAACAAAAUUGGCAACAUCUCACCGUUCAGUGAAUGGGAGGCCUUGUAUCAUCACCGUUCAGCAUGAAUCCUUUCUCUCUCCCAACGUGCAACAACCAACAAUAUGCACAGACGGCUCCACUUGCAUC